CCUUCUUGUCACACAGUUUUGGCCUCUCUCCCUAUCUCUCUCUCUUUCUCUUUCUCUCCCACUCACGCCUCUAUUGUUUUUAUUCAUCUCCGCCGCAUAGAUCCGUUGUGUUUUUUUUCUCUCUCUCUCGUUGUUGUAACCAUGGAUUCUCUCGUUGAAUCCGGUUGGAAGUAUCUCGUUACACAUUACAGCGAUUUUCAACUGGCGUGUAUUGGGAGUUUUAUCCUUCAUGAAAGUGUGUUUUUCUUGUCUGGACUGCCUUACAUUUUCUUAGAAAGGACCGGUUUGUUGAGCAGUUACAAAAUUCAGACUAAAAAUAAUACUCCUGAAGCCCAAGGGAAAUGCAUUGCACGACUCUUGCUUUACCAUUUCUGCGUAAACUUGCCCCUUAUGAUGGCAUCUUAUCCUGUCUUCAGAUUCAUGGGCAUGCAGAGCAGUUUUCCUCUGCCGUCCUGGAAAGUAGUGUCUGCCCAGAUCUUAUUCUACUUCAUCAUUGAGGAUUUUGUAUUUUAUUGGGGUCACAGGAUCUUGCAUACUAAAUGGCUGUACAAGAACGUGCACAGUGUGCAUCAUGAAUACGCCACACCGUUCGGUUUGACAUCAGAAUAUGCUCAUCCUGCUGAAAUUCUGUUCCUGGGUUUUGCUACCAUCAUUGGUCCGGCUCUCACUGGGCCUCACCUGAUCACACUCUGGUUAUGGAUGAUGUUGAGAGUUAUUGAGACAGUUGAGGCACAUUGUGGUUAUCAUUUCCCAUGGAGCCCUUCAAAUUUUCUUCCUCUGUAUGGCGGUGCUGACUUCCAUGACUACCAUCAUCGAUUACUCUACACAAAGUCUGGCAACUACUCAUCAACGUUUGUCUACAUGGACUGGAUCUUUGGUACCGACAAGGGUUACAGGAAACUGAAGGCCCUCAAAGAAACCUGAAAACAAGCAAAAGUGGAAGUUGGAUUUCUCAAGAGUGAGGUCUUGUUCUCAAAAACCCUCCUUUCUUCUGUUUUGCUUCUCAGAUUUUCUUGAAUUAAAACGUUUAGUCACAAGAACAAACAUUAUUUGCAACACCUUGGGCUGUACUGUACAAUCAAAGCUGUUGUUCUGAACAUAAGUUGAACCUUCUGUCUUAUCUCAAUCUUUAGAUACUGCUA